UCUUCAGACAUUUCUGGAAGACAUGGAUGGCUGAUCUCUGGGUCAGGCAGCAUCUCUGCGAAAUCGUUAACUGGAAAGGGUGCUGAGAAGAUUUACAGGGACGUUACCAGGACUCGAGGUGCCUGAGCUACAGGAAGAGGUUGGACAGGCUAGGACUAUAUUACCUGGAACACAGUAGGAUGAGGGGUGAUCUUAUAAGAGGUGUACAAAAUCAUGAGGAAUAGAUCUGGUCGUAGAGGGUCUCUUGCCCAGAGUAUGGGGGAAUUGAGGACCGGGAGGCAUCGGUUUAUGGUGAAGGGGAAAUUAUUUAAUAGGAAUCUGAGGGGUAACGUUUUCACACAAGGGGUGCUGGGUGUAGGGAACGAGCUGCCGGAGGAGGUAGUUGAAGGGGCUCGACCAUGUAACGUCACCCAUUCCUUCUCUCCAGAGAUGCUGCCAGAGCCGCCGAGUUCCUCCAGCACGUUGUGUCUAUCUACGGCGUCAACCACCUGCAGUUCCUUGCUCUCCAGCGUAAACAAGCCGGGUUCUCACCGAGUAACACGCACACACACGCACACAAACACACUAAGUGAGACAUAACAGGGCAGCGGGGCGGAGAGACCGGCUGCCCCGCCUCUGUCUCUCAGUUCGCUGUUCAUUUUCUCGCCUCGCAGCAGAGACGUGGACCUCCACACACACUCACCACCAAAGAUCUUCUUUGCUCACCACCACCCCAGCUCAGGUUGUGUCCACAUCAUGGCCAUGUCGGGGGAUAUUACGGAUCAGAUACAAAAUGAUCUAUUAAACUGCAAGAUCUGCCUCAGUAGGUUCAUACAGCCCAAGAUGCUGCCUUGUGCUCACACCUACUGCCAGGGGUGCCUGGAGAAGAUGGUUAGGUCAGACCGGAAGGUGCAGUGCCCGGAGUGCAGGGAAGAGUUUGACUUGAGAGGUGGCGUCAGCAAACUCAAGACCAACUUUCACAUUAACAGUCUGAUGGAUAUCAUCAAGAGCAAGGAGAACGAGAAGGUGGUCUGCAGUUGGUGCGCGACAGCUGGUCUCAGCGAGAUUGCCGCCGUGGCUCGGUGUAAAACCUGCCUCAAGUGCCUCUGCCCACCUUGCAAGCUCACCCAUGGGACUGCCAACCCACGCCACGUGCUGGAGGAUCUGCCCGGUUACAUCGCCGGCCCUUGCGAGGCAGAGACAAAGAUGCAGAAGAUGAUCUACUGCCAGGGCCACCCAGGAACCCUGGUGGACUAUCUCUGCAACACUUGCAACAGCGUGAUCUGCAGCAGUUGUUCCUCGCAUGCCCACGCCAGGCACUCGAAGGUGUCCCUGGCCAACGCAGGGGCCACAGCUAGACCCACGGUGAUGAAUCUCAUGGAGAGACUGAAGACUGACACGCAGUCGCUGGUCCAACAGGAAGACGACAUCGUCCAGGCAAUGGAGGGGAUGAAGGCGACGGAAAGAUCUCUGAUGUCUAUGAUAGAGUCCACCCUGGCCGAGGUCAUAAACAACUUGAUAAAACAGGGCGACACCAUCAAGGACACGCUCUCCAGUUACGUCAGGGAGCAGGAAGAAUUGUACAAGGUCGCGCGGGAUGAUAUUCAGCUCAAGAUCAAGAAGGCGAAGGACACCAGGGAAUUUUCCCAGGGGGUCCUGGGUUCCAGUAAAAUGAGGGAAAUAGUCUGCCUGCGGUCCGUCAUGGAAGAACAGAUCGAUGGACUCCAAGCGCCGAGGGUCCCGGACGACAAGAAGACCCGCCCCAGCCUGACCGUCAACGAGUCGCUAAAGAGCAUGCUGUCUCACUCCAACCUUUUCAGCCUCACCUUCGGUGAAGAAUCGGCCGCCAAGGCACUGGCCGCUCCAGCGAAAAGCAAGCCGCGCAAGAGCCCGGAGAAAAGCCCACUGGCCUACACUCCUCCCCCCCAACCCAGAAGGAUGGCGUGGAAUCUACAUUGCUUCGACACGGAGCUGGAUGGUGACGAGUACGAUCCGAAGCUGACGGGCGUCAGCGUCUCCGACGACGGCAUCAUCGUGGUGGCGGACGAAGACAAUUCCCUUCUGAAAUGCUUCAUCGACCGCGGGGACCAUACCAUAAGUAUCUCACUGCCGGACGAUGACGAACCAUGCAGUGUUGCCAUCUUUGAUGACACCAUCGCCUGCUCGUCUGGGAACCAGCUGUACAUGCUGGACAUGGACGGGACCAUGCAGAAGAAGCUCUUCCUCCGAGGCUCCGAGUCCGUCUACCCUCUCGCCGCCUACCAGGAUGAAUAUGUGGCUGUGAGUGAGGGGUCCAUGUGCUCCCUCUCCCUGUACAACAUCAACGGGCAGGUGGUCGACAGGGUGAAGCCGUGCGGCUACGAGGGGGGACGCUUCCUCUUCCUCGCCGUCAACAGCGACGAGCGGUUCAUUGUGACCGAUUGUGGCAAGAAAUGCAUCCUGAUCUUUGACAGGGAUGGCUACGUCUUAACCACCUGCGACCAGGUCAGCAUGAACAGGGUGGUUCAGGCGAUCAAUCCCUACAGCAUCUGCACGGACAAAGACGACAAUAUUCUGGUCACCGAGCGAAACCGGAUCCUCUUGUUUUGGCCCAGCGGGGACUUCAGGGAGGAGCUGCUGACUGUCGCCAACGGCCUUCACAAACCACGCGUCAUCACCGUCGACAAUUGCAACAACCUGGUCGUCACCCAAGGCAACGGGUUCAUCACCGUGUACCAGCUGGACCUCUAGUAGUGCAUCGGUGACAGGAGCACAACUAGACCACUCAGCCCAUCAAGUCCACUCCGCCAUUCAAUCAUGGCUGAUCUCUCAUUCCAAUCUAACCCCCUUCUCCUAACCUCUCCCCAUCACCCCUGACACCUGUACUAAUCAGGAAUCUAUCUGUCUAUGCCUUGAAAAUACCCAUUGACUUGGCCUCCACAGUCUUCUGUGGCGCAGCGGGUAUGAAGUUUGCACGUGCUCCCUACGAACGUGAAGAUUUCCUCCACAUCCCGAAGAUGUACAGGUUUGUAGGUUCAUCGGCCCUCUGUAGAUUGCCCCCCAGUGUAUAGGGAGUGGAUGAGAAUUUGGGAAAAACAUGGAACUAGGUAACAUGGGAUAACAUGGAACUAUUCAGAGGCUGUGGACUCUGGUCCUUGACUCACCCACUAGUGGAAACAUCCUCUCCACAUCCACUCUUUCACUAGUUGGUAACUUUCAAUGAGGUCCUGUUCCCCCCCCUCCUUAUAAACUCGAGCAAGUACAGGCCCAGUGCCAUCAGACACUCAUCAUACGUGAACCCAUUCAUUCCUGGGAUCAUUCUCAUAAUCCUCCUCUGGACCCUCUCCCGUCUUGGAUGUGAGGCAAAGAACUGCUCUCAAUACUCCAAAUGCGGUCUGACCCACGCCUUCUAGAGCCUCCGCAUUACCCUACUGAAAUUUCACACGUGGCGCUGAGUAUGUCAGUGACUGUGCUAUGUUAGGGACCUGUCCUUGACAUCCAGGCUGUAUUUUGAGUCGAGCUCAGAGCAGUCUAUCUGUGCACAGGAUAUUUUUAAGGCAGAUUUUAAGAUCGACAGAUUCUCGAUUAGUAUCGGUGUCGAGAAAGCAGGAGAAAGGGGAUGAGAGGGAAAGAUGUAACAGCCCUGAUUUAAUGGCGGAGUAGACUCGAUGGGCAGAAUAGCCAAUGCAGUGAUAGACUUGCUUCCCUACAGCGUCAGAGACCCAGGUUUGAUCCUGUCUAUGGGCGUUGUCUACGGAGUUUGCAAGUUCUCCCUGUGAUCACGUGGGUUUUCUCUGGUUUCCUCCAAAACUCUAAAGGUCCUAGUGUGUAGGAUAAUC